ACUACGAGUUAGUAAUAAAAUUAUACAGUAUUACAGUGCUAUCUACAAUCUACAAAGACUUCCGAUUAAUUAUUGUUGUUUGCAUCGGACCAAUCAGAGCUUCCAACGAACAAACCAUGAUCAUCACUUCCUGUUGAGACUUGGUGUGUUGGUGCCAGUGCUGGCCUUGUUCCUGUCUUCAGCAAGUAACGAAAUGUCAAUUUCUCUCUAAUUUCUGAUACAACACAGAGUUGCAACGACAAUGGCUUCCCACCGCUAUGAAGCUUGUCGCCUGACUAUAGCCCUUUUUGUGUACUUGUUUCAAAUUCCGAACGCUAACGGAGAGAACAGUGAGAGUACGACGUCGCUUUCGGAUGACAACUAUGUUACUAAAUUGAGAUCUGAUGGAAGGUUACUCUCAAGAGAUAUACGUCAAACUAGUGGCAUUGAAGUUGCCGAGUGUGUAGAUGCUUUUGACAGUUGCGACAGCAUAUCAACGCGUUGUCUUAAUGUAAGUGGGCAAGUUGAAUGUCUGUGUCGAAACGGAUUUCAACCGACUGGCAACCCAAGGCAAUGUCAAGAUAUCAAUGAGUGUGAUAAUGCUAUUUGUCGUGGCGAAUCCGUAUGUCAGAAUCUGGUGGGCUCCUAUAAAUGUGUCUGUGAUCCUGGACUUCAUAUUGUGUCAGGAAAGUGUAGAGAUAUCAAUGAGUGCAAGACAAACCUUCACAAAUGUGGACCUAAUGCUCAAUGUAAAAAUUUGCACGGAUCGUAUCGUUGUAAGUGCCCCAAGGGAUAUCUGAGUAACAGGACACACUGCUUGGAUGUCAAUGAGUGCUUCGAGGGCAUUCAUGCAUGUCACAAGUAUGCACAGUGUAUCAACACUGUUGGGUCGUACAUAUGUGAAUGUGCUAGUGGGUUUUUUGGCAAUGGAAACAAAUGCACUGAUAUUGAUGAAUGUAAGUUUGCUAAUGGAGGCUGUGCUCAAGUGUGCAGUAACACCAUUGGUAGUUUCCAGUGUAAGUGCCGAGUUGGAUAUCAACUUAUUGGAAACAAGGAAGAUUGUGAAGAUCUUGAUGAGUGUGAAGUGAACAAUGGUGGUUGUGUUCAUGAUUGCGUUAACACCGAGGGCAGCUUCUAUUGCACAUGCAGAAACGGUUUUGUUCUUCAUGGCAAUAAUCUUCGAUGUAAAGAUAUAGAUGAAUGUCGUGUGGAUAAUGGUGGAUGUCAACAUGUCUGUGAGAAUGUGGAGGGAUCAUUUAUAUGUCAUUGCAAUGGACAGUCGUAUCUUGGACCGGAUGGGACAAGUUGUCUUCGUGCUGCAAACUGCUCACAGAAUAAUGGCGGUUGUGCUCACAACUGCAGCAUGAGCAACUCACUGCAUCGAAUUGAAUGUAGCUGCCGUCCAGGGUACAAGCUGCUGGAUAAUCAGUUAGACUGUGUGGACAUCAAUGAAUGUGAGUUUGCUAAGGGCGGGUGCGAGCAAGUUUGUGUCAAUACGGAAGGAGGAUUCACAUGCACAUGCAGUCCAGGGUAUUCUCAGUUGGGAUCGGGAUCUCAAAUAUGUCUACCCGUUUGUACCAAUCCAAGAUGCAAGAAUGGAGGAACAUGUGUAGCACCCAACGUUUGCAACUGCCCUCCUGGUUAUCCAAGCAAAGACUGCUCUCCUUUAUGUUCUCCACCUUGUUCAAAUGGUGGCACAUGCAUUCGACCAAAUGAAUGCCGAUGCCCUCCAGGUUAUGAUGGUGUUGGCUGUCUCUCUCCUGUUUGUAAUCCAACUUGUCUUAAUGGUGGACAGUGUAUUGGACCUAACAAGUGCAGUUGUCCAGCAUCGUACAAAGGCGACAUCUGUGAUAAGCCUCAUUGUCAGAAUCCAUGUCUCAAUAAUGGCACGUGUCACAGACCCAACUUGUGUCUUUGCCCGCUGGGCUACACGGGCCCAACUUGUCAGCAUCCACCACCAUACUGCGAUAAACCAUGUCAAAAUGGUGGCACAUGUGUCGUGACUCCAAGAAGAAACUACUGUAAUUGUCUCAAGGGAUACUACGGGCUUGCUUGUGAAUCAGUAUUUGAAGAUGUGGAAUGCUUUCCUAAAUGUAGCCAAGGUGGAACUUGUUUGCCUGGCAAUCGCUGUCUAUGUCAGGUGGGUACUGCAGGUCCACGGUGUGAGGAAAGGGUGUGCGGUUUGGUCUCUUAUAAAGCCAUUACUCGAACCACGAGGCGGACGUCAACAACACAAUAUUACUUUACUUUCUGUCGUAUACCUGGCACUCUGAUUCCAAGUCCUUGUUCAUUAUCUCGAACUGUUUACAGUCUUGUGCCAGUGACACUGUAUCGAGUGAGCUACAGAUUCGAUUGUGAGAAGUGACUGUUGAGGUUCGGUUCGAUACAUGUGGGAUUGAAAUGUGUACGUGUUGUGCACAUUGCACAACUAAACUAAAUUAACUAACCAGAUUCACAUUGUAUAACUAAUAAAUAUGCACUGAUUAGA